GGAGCUGGGGUGUCGCGGGGCGUGGCUGGGGUGGAGCUACGGUGGAGGAGGGCGGAGCUGGCAAGGCCGGAAUGUUGGACCUUGGGAACCGCGCGGGGCUUAGCAAAGGUGUGCCAGUGGCGCAGACCAGGCAGUGCCCUUUAUAAGCGUCCAGUCCGCGCCGCACUCGUAGGCAACAAAGUGGCAGCCCCAGGGUCCUCAGCGACCUGAGGUGACCCUUAAAAUGGACCCCGGAGAGCACGGAGGCGGGAAGAGGGUGGUACCCGCAGGUUGAAUCCCGCACCUCCGGGCUGAACGCCCAGGCACCCUGGGAUGGCCAGUGGGGUCCUGAGGGACGGACUUUAUAUGAACGUAUUUUGCAGAUUCUUCCUGCUACCCCUCGGGCUUUUUUCCUCCUCUCUUUGCGGACCUGCUUUGGACUCAGUAUUCGCAUGGACACUUUGUCCUCUGAAUGUCCUUCUAAUCAUCGUGGAUGACCUGCGCCCCUCCCUGGGCUGUUAUGGGGACAAGGCCAUAAGGUCCCCAAACAUUGACCAACUGGCAUCCCGCAGCCUCCUCUUCCAGAAUGCCUUUGCCCAGCAAGCAGUGUGUGCUCCGAGCCGUGUAUCCUUCCUCACUGGGAGGAGACCAGACACCACCCGCCUGUAUGACUUCAAUUCUUACUGGAGGAUACAUGCUGGAAACUUCUCUACCAUCCCCCAGUACUUCAAGGAGAAUGGCUACGUGACCAUGUCGGUUGGAAAAGUCUUUCACCCUGGAAUAUCUUCCAAUUAUAGUGAUGAUUCUCCAUAUAGCUGGUCAUUUCCACCUUAUCAUCCCUCCUCUGAAAAGUAUGAAAACACCAAGACAUGCAGGGGGCCGGACGGACAGCUCCAUGCCAACCUGCUUUGCCCUGUGGAUGUGGCGGAUGUGCCGGAGGGCACCUUGCCUGACAAACAGAGCACCGAGCAAGCUAUACGGUUGUUGGAAAAGAUGAAAACGUCAGCCAGUCCUUUCUUCCUGGCUGUUGGGUAUCAUAAGCCGCACAUCCCCUUCAGAUACCCCAAGGAAUUUCAGAAGCUGUAUCCCUUGGAGAACAUCACCCUGGCUCCCGAUCCCCAGGUGCCUGCUGGCCUCCCUCCUGUGGCCUACAACCCUUGGAUGGACAUCAGGCAGCGGGAGGACGUCCAAGCCUUGAACCUCAGUGUGCCCUAUGGCCCAAUUCCUGUGGAUUUUCAGCGGAAAAUCCGCCAGAGCUACUUUGCCUCUGUUUCGUAUUUGGAUACACAGGUUGGCCACCUUUUGAGUGCUUUGGAUGAUCUCCAGCUGACCAAUAGCACAAUCAUUGCAUUUGCCUCAGAUCAUGGGUGGGCUCUAGGUGAACAUGGAGAAUGGGCCAAAUACAGCAAUUUUGACGUCGCUACCCGCGUGCCCCUGAUGUUCUAUGUUCCCGGGAGGACGGCUCCGCUUCCAGAGGCAGGAGAGGAGCUUUUCCCUUACAUCGACCCUUUCGAUUCUGUGUUGGAAUUGAUGGAGCCAGGCCGGCGAGUCAUGGACCUGGUGGAACUUCUUUCUCUCUCUCCUACGCUCGCGGGACUUGCUGGCCUGCACGUCCCACCUCGCUGUCCUGUUCCCUCGUUUCAUGUGCAGCUGUGCCGAGAAGGCCAGAACCUUGGGAAGCAUUUUCAACUCCAGGACCUGGGAGAGGACCCGCACCUUCGUGGUAAUCCCCUGUCCUGGCAACAACGGUUUCUAGUUGAAGAGUGAAGGGCCCUAUUCAUCUCUCCUGAUCCUGAGGCUCAUCUUUCUUCUGGAUGCCUACGCUUUACUUGUCGGUGGGUUCCCUGGGCCUUUUAUUUCUCCUUCUUUGUCCUUUUUACCGCUCUCAUCACUUCCAUGAAGAUUUUUACAAUCCAGUCUGCAAAUUCCUCGUGACAUAUGUUCAAUGUGUUUAGCUUUAUCUCCUCCUCCACAGUUACAAUGAUAAGUUUGAACACAGGCCUUUAUCUCACAUCCGUGUGCUGUGCCUGUUGGCUGCAGUAUGUACACUUCCUCAUUUUUUCUCGCUCUAUUUCUUGAGGCACAGCUUUCGUGUCAAAAAUCGCCACGUUCUGCUUUCGCCAAAGUUGUUAGCUGAACUGCGCCAGAAAAGAGUGAAGUGGCAGAUACAUUGGGUGUGCAGCUGCUGUUUUGGCCCGUAAUUCGCCAGGGUGACCAAAGCCAUAUCCGGAGCCGGGUCCACGUGGGGCGCUUUUGUGUGUGGAUCCGCCUCUACCGGAAGUGCUUCUGUCUCGUCUCUCCUACUUGAGCACGCGGCGUCAGAGUGCUCCUUAGCUUUUAGUUUUUCUUGGCCUUCCCUUUACAGAUCUCUCCCUUUAGAAGUUAAGGCUGCGUUUCACAUUCGAUGGGAUGCACAUACUCUCACAGGUUGUGGGGGGGCUUUCUAUUUUUGACACCGAACCCAAUUUAGAGCCACUGUUUGUUUCCUUUUGCACGUCUCUGGCACACGUUGGGAUGACUAGCCGCUUUCUGGGUUUCCGAUGUCCAAGUUGACCACGUUCCUUAUCUUGACUCGGCCUAGAGUAAGCAUAUCUUUGUGGCUCCACGUGACCUUUCUCUGAUCUCACUGAGCUCGACGUGUUUUAUUAAUGGUUCCACAGUCACUUUAUUUGUAGAAAGCCCCAUAUCACCUGAGCAGGGGUUCUUUGAUACAGUUCAGUUGAAACCAGACUAGUGACCCAAGAAAGGUUGAGUGGACCUGUCUCCAUGGCUCACAAACAUGAGGGUACGCCAGAACCACCCGAAGCCUUGCUAAAAUCCAGCGUGCCAGACCCUGCCUGCCGAGGUUCUGAUUCAUUGCAUCUGGGGUGGGGCCUGAGAAUGUGCAUUUCUUACAAAUUACGCUGCUCCCCCGAAGGCCACACUUUGAGAAUCACUGCCCCUAGUUGUGUGCUGUCCAGUGGCAACUAGGCACAUGCGACUGUUUACAUUAAUUAAAAUGAAAUAAACAUUUCAGAAGCAGAAUCGAAGUUGCACUUGCCUAUUUCAAGUGCUCAUCAGCCCUGUAUGAUUAGUGGGCACCAUAUUGGAUAGCACAGAUCUAGAACCUUUCCAUCGUGGCAGAAAGUGGAACAGAGCUGCCCAAGACUAACUGCGUGAGCUGGGUCCACCUAGCUGUUGGCAAGUCCCUCCUGUGAGCCGAUUCUGCACCCUAGGUUUGCGUGCAAAGACUUGUCUGGAGGCGAGCCAGGGACGUCAGGUUGAAGCGUGGCGUCGGGAGCGCCCUCUGGCGAUCGGCUCUUUCCUCCCCCACCGCUAGUGCCAUCACCAUCUCCCCAGCCCUUCUCACCUCCUUCCGAGUAGCUUACCUCCCCCUCCUCUUUCCUCCCUUGCCCCUGAAGAAUCCACGUGUCUUCCUGAACUCCCUCUUUGAUCCUGCCCUUUGAGAACACCGUCAGUGCCUACUACUGGGUCUCCUCAGACCUUCGUUGAGCAGUCAGAGUCUUCCCUGACUCCACAAAGCCCCUUUCCUCGGCUGACCAGUUUUCAUACUGGUCCCUGACUCUCCCUGGCCAAUCCCUACCUCCUUGCCCACCCCUAGGUUGUCCUACCCCCCUGUCCAUUCAUGACCAUUCUUCACAGCCACUCACCUGCUCCUAUCUCCAAGAAGCUGAGGCUUUGUGACUCUAGAGUGUGUCAUGGCAUGAAAUGAACAGGAACAUCACUAAAGAAUCUUAUGGCUGCUUUGGAAAAAGGUAUCUUUUUCUGAACGCAAAAUUAAUGUGUUAAUUACAGAAAAAUUGGAAAACAAAUACAGUAAAAGGUAAGAAUAUGCAUCAGUAUUUUGCCCCAAGAUGGUCACUGAAUAUCGUGUCUUCUCUGGGGUAUGAAUGUUUUACAUUGCUGUGAUCAUGCUCUGUGUUUUAUCGUGCAGUUUUAUAUUAUUUUUUUCACUAAGUAUUAUGUGUGGUUACUGCAAAUUUCUGCAGAUACUUUAUGAUGGUGGUAAUAUAUUUUGUUGUGUACUUUUACCAUAAUUUACUUAACCUUCUUUCAAAUUAUUGAAAAUUUAGCUUAUUUCCCGAUUUCCAGUAUUGUAAAUAAUGCUGUGAUGAACAACUUUGUGAAUAAAAUGUUUUUAUGCACAUCAAA